GUUUGUGUGUAUAUAUAUGUAUAGGGUUAUUUUGGACAUUUUAAUGUUAAGCGGUGUUUUAAACCGUUUGAAGUAAACACGGUCUUACAACAUUGUUUAUUUUAUGCGCCGCUUAUUAACACGGGUCUUAAUAAGCACCGUUUAAUAACCGGUGAAGUAAACAUGUCCUAUGUGUAAAGUUAAAUUAUCCCUAUAAAUAAUGCAUCCAUGCAAUAUUUUUCUCAUGUAGGAUUAUUUACAUUUUCGAUAAUUAAUUAAUUGUAUCUUCCGCCGCAUCUGGUGAACUUGCUACAGCCGCGGUUGUAGGGGCGGACGGCGGCGUGUGAUCGGCAAUUAUAAUAAGAAGCCCCACGACGAUUGCAGGGGAUGCUGUCCUUUUGCAUGGCGGCGUAGCUUAUGUAUCUGCUCUGGGACAAAAAUCUCCUUGACACUUCCGAUUCCAUCAUCAAUUCCUCCGCCGCGUCCUCUAUGUCUAUCGAUCCGCCGCUCUCUGCACCGGCAAACGAGCCAGCGACGUUCAAGAAAAUCGAGUCUUGUACUGCCUUUUCCGACGACACAACCUUAUUUUUGGCUAGUAUAAGGAUGACGAUGAAGAGGAGGCCAUGUUGCUUACUUGUUAUUGCCAUAUAUAUCCAAUACGAGGAGGUAUGGGGAGGAGCCGAUGAGGCCUUUUUAACUUUCAAGAUUGCAAAUUAAGCUAAAUUAAACUAGGUAUUUUUGUUAAUGAUAGUUUUGAGUUUCUAACAUGUGAUUUGACGCAAUUUACGAAAAAUGUACGGAGUAUUUAUUACUGGACGCUAAUUAUUUUCGCUACUUUUCCAUCUUUUGGUUCAUAUUUUCCAC